AUGGAGCUAUCUCAAGAAGAAGCACAAAGUGCCAAGCACAUGCUAAAAUCGGGUAAUAAAGAUCCGGCAAUAAUGGGUAAUCCUGAUAUUGGUUUUUUUACAAAUAAACAUGGUUUGAAGAUAAAAACAUUUAAAUGGCUUGUCAAGGCACCUGUAGGAAUAGUAUUUCUAGUGCACUCUUUAAAUUCACAUUGUCGAUUUGAUUAUUUAAGGCAUAAUGCCACUAUAUUAAAUAAUGAAAAGGCCGUUUUAAAUGAUGGAGAUAACUUUUAUGUCCAUAAAGAUAGUUGGAUUGAAGAACUAAACAAAAACGGUUAUUCUGUUUGUAGUCUGGAUUUACAAGGACAUGGUGAAUCAGGCUGCUUAAAGGGUGAAAAAACCUACAUUAAGAAUUUUGAUGAUUUUGCUGAUGAUAUACUUCAAUAUAUGAAUAGUAUACAUGAAUCAAUCAUUAACGAAGCUGCCAAGGAUAAUCAUGAAAAUGAUAAAAACACAAUAGAAAAAAAAAAAAGAUGCACUAAAUGUGAUUUGAUUUUAAAAGAUGAAUCUGAUGUUUGUUGUUCCAACGAAGAUAAAAUUAUAACCAAAGGUUUACGUUCACGUCAACCAGGACAUAAUCAAUAUAAAAGACCUGACUAUAACAUAGCUCCAUAUAAAACACCUAUACCAAUGUAUUUAGUUGGAUUAUCAAUGGGAGGAAAUAUUGUUUUGAGAAUAUUGGAAUUGUUAUCACAAAGAAAAUACAACUAUUAUAAUCGACUAAAUAUAAGAGGUGUUUGUUCAUUAUCAGGAAUGCUUUCAGCAAAAGGGGUAAGAAAAGAGCCUUCAUGGAAAUUUUUUUAUAUACCGAUGGCGGCAUUAUCAUCACUUUUAUUUCCAACAUUUAGAUUUUCGCCAAGUGUAUCUUGUGAAGUAUUUCCAUAUUUAAGAGAUAUAUAUACAUAUGAUAAAAUAUUUUAUGACAAACCUAUUACUAAUAAAUUUCUUUAUACAUUAUUGAAAGCUGCUGAUAAUUUAAAUAAGGAUGCAGACAAAAUACUAAAAGAUGUUCCCAUACUUCUUAUUCAUUCUGUUAACGAUCAAAAAUGCAAUCACCCAUCCGCUCAGGAUUUUUAUAAUAAAUUGAAAACUAAAAAAAAAGAAUUUCACACUUUAGAAGAUAUGGAACAUAUGAUUACAAUGGAACCUGGAAAUGAAAGAGUUCUCAAAAAACUUGUAGAUUGGCUAGAAGAUACACAAAAAACACCAAAAGUUAAAAAAAAAGUUAAAAAAAACCUCAGAAGUGAUACUGACAAGAGUGUCUUACCAAAGGAGGCAUCACCAACGCAAGGCACUGGUGUUUUAACCGAUCUUCCAAAGGACAAAGCUCCAUAA